UCGAUCGAUCUACCAAGACAGUGAAUUGGAAAACCGCAAUUGUAUUUAUUUUUUGCUCGGCUGGUAAACAAACAGUUCGCUUUGACAUUGGGAGUACGUAUUCACACUCUAUUCUCGAAUAACACCAAAAUAUGGUCUAAUAAGUACAGUGCGUCCCAGGAAAAAGGAACCCUAUUUCAGGGAAGAUUAUUUUCUUUUUUAAAUGAUUUAUUGUUAUUUACAAGUUAUUAUUACAGAAAAAUAUCUAUUCUGUGAUAAUCAUAACAAAGAAUUCAUUCGGAAAUUCGAUGACAGAAAGAUUUAAAGGAACCAGACUUUUGUAUUGGGCUGCACUUUAGCUGACACAAGGCCCGACAGAAUUAAGGUCGAUGUAACCUAACUAAUCACAUGAAUCACUUGUUUGACACUGAAAUUAAAAAAAAAACUAUUUGAUAUAUUCGUCUCGUAUCCACUACUAGGUAUACAAAGAGAAGAUUUUUUUAUACUGAUAAAAAUGUUUUUGUUGGGUCACGUAUUGUACAAGUUCUGUCCAGUGGGUACAAGAUAUCGCUUUGGAGUUGAAAGAAUGUAGAUCUUUGGCAGUGCACGUCUCCGGUAUAGAUGGAGGUAUAGGCAGACUGUAUUAUAAAAUCAUUUGUUUAAGCUGAAAAAUCACAAUGUCUUGUUUUCUGGGACGCUCUGUAGUAGCCUAUACGGCCUCCACUAGGAAGCGAAGUGAGCAAAAGGCAAGGAAGUCCUCGAAAACUGUUCAUUUUGGCAUCCGCUGUUAACAAUAAUAGCCACGAUUGGGAAUCCAUGCUUUUAUGUACAUAGAUUACGAUUCCUCUCAGAAUUUCUAACAAAGUUUCUAACAUUUUGCAGAAAAGUAUACAAUUUGGCUAGUUUGUCUUCGUCUGCACAUUUCGUCAUCAUUUCUAGAGAGCCACAGGCCAACUUCUCUUUUAGUCUCGAUCUCGGAGUAUACAUUCAGCUUUGAGGAUCUGAUGAAUUUUGACAAAGUGGGUAUCCUGCCUCAAGGAACAGCACUUGCAGAACAGACGACGAGUUUUCCAUCUUUUACCCGACCUUUACCUCAUGGAGGAUGCUUUUUAUGGACAUCGCAGAAGGAUGGAUGAUACUGUAAAACCCAUUGCCAUUAUUGAUCCAAUAACUGUGCAGGAUGUACAGGGUACCAACUUUGAGCGAGGGUGUCAAACAGAACAGGCCGAGCAGUUGAAAGAGAGCACCAGGCCAAUCAGCAGCGGCGUUGAAGUGGGAUGUCAGACAGAAAGACAUCGUAGCUCUUCAUCUCGGCGGAGAUCUGAAGAUAGCUCUUCUAGCAGGCGGAAGCUGAUUACUGCGAGCAUCAGGCACAAUCCUGAUGCCAAGGAUUUCUUUUGCUGUGACUGCAGGACCUACGUCUGUUACUUCUGCAUCAUCAAUCACCAUGUGGAACACAACACGAUCAAUGCCCGUGAUCAGGAGGUCACCCAGGAUGAAGAGAUCACCAAGUUGGUGACCAAAGCAAACAAAACGAAAGACUGGAUGAUAUCUUUUGGGAAGUUCAUCGAAGAGCGAAAAACAUCAACAGCGGAAAUAACACAAAAGUCUAUUGUGAUGGUCGAUGAGGACUUUAGGGAAAAGAUGCAAAUUUUAGAACAGGAAAGGAAAUCCCGUAUCAAGUUUUAUCAGCAGAGAGAACAAGCGAUCAAUGAAAUGCUGGAGGGUAGAAAGACUGACAAUGAUGCUCAGAUCAGUAUUGUAGAUACAGUGCUAGAUUCUGUACAGAAAGCCAAAGGUGUCCGGUUAUCUGGAGGUGAACUAACGGCUCACGAAAUGUGCUGCAAACAAUUUGAGGAAAUGCUUGAGAACUGUAAGAUAGGCGAGUCCGAGGAAUGUAAGGUGCAGAAAGACACGGCGGUACCACGAUUUAAAAGAAAAUCUAUUAGGGGCAUAACAGAAUUGGACCUUGUUGAAAGCGAUGAUCCAUGGAUUCUCAUGCACGACGUACCCCUGAUAAAGGAUGGGAUGAAAACCAUGGCGACCAUGCAAGAUGGUCGGAUUGCUGUAGGUUUCCGAAAAGCAGGGGUGGCCAUUUGUAACAGUGAUGGCCACCAGCAGAUGACAAACCUCCAUGGUGUCACAAUCCAGGACAUGGCUGUCAUGACCGAAAGUCGUUUUGCCAUACUGGACAAAAAGAACCACCUGUCCAUAUACAUGCUCUUGGAGUUGAAACUUGAGAAAAUGGACGUGAAGCCUUUCAGGACACUGAACAAAGAGAAAGGAGGGGAUGGCACUGUGGCUGUGAAUGGUUACGAUCACAUAUUCAUCGGGUACACCAAAGCAAUGAAGAUCCAGGAAUUCGCACCUGAAGGUGGAAAGGCUCUGCGUGAACUGGAAUGCACCGAUCAUCUCCCAAUCCAGCUUUUCCAUCUCAAAGUGGACAAGCUGCUGGUGGUCAAAGGAAGGGCCGACUUCAUCCUGACCCUUGACAUGACUGAAGAAAUCGGUCAACCAAAGAAAUCCCUCAAGAAGGAUGGGGACAUGUGCGCCUAUCCCGCAGUGUGUCUUGAUCAAACACUGAUCGUGGCCUGGGUCAGCAAUAGAGAAAAUUACGUCACGAUUGAUCGUUACACACGUGAACUGACACACAUUGAAACACUCAUUUCGGAGCACAAAUUACCGAAGCAGGAGACUAACUACAAUUUCCCUGACCAUCUACAGCAGUUCUUAUCUGGGGAGAUUGCAUUCUGCUCUCAAGACCGACUCUAUAUUUUUGCACAGAACACCCUAGCGACGUGAACCAUCGUAAAAACCAUCCCAAGAAGUUUAAGAUUUUCCACAGAAUUAUUAAUUAUACUGGGUGUGGCCUCUGCGGAGGCCUCUGGCAAAGAAACCUUGCCCAUUGUCUAACGCGUUUUCCUGGGUGGGGUCUUCCCAUGCAGGCACGUGAAACAGAGCAGAAAUGAGCCUGCUUGAAAAUCGGUCAAUUAUCAUAGCUAAUUAUACGUGUUUGGAUAUUGCUACCUAGGUUCUUCGUCAAAAUGGCGUCAGACUGACCCACGACACCCCCCCCCCCCCCCAGGGCUAUAUAUCGAACUUUUUCUCCUAGUUGCUUCAACAUUGAUCCUAUGCAUCAAGAAGUUUUUGCACCGUGGUGCAGAACGUAUUCACGAACGUAGAAAAAACAUUAAUGUAUGACACAAGGCAUUAACCAAGAAGUCUUUAUCGCAAAUUGGGGGAAUUAAAACAGCAGUUUCGUCCUGGACGCUGUACAAACAACAAAAUUCUUGUUUGCAAUUUUUUUUUCAGCUCCGAAACUGCUGUUACUGUUCACCAAUUUUCGACAAAGUCCUCACAACUGUUCAUUGUCAUUUGACGGGCAUUUUCCAUACAUUUGUUGUGUUCUUGAAUUCGGUCUGGCGUCGCGAUGCAAAAGCUUCCUAGUACCUGGAGAGUCAUUAAAUAAAGAAAAAAAGAAAAUUCCUGAAGAAGGUCUUCUGGUAAAGCGUUCUCUGAUGAAGUUACAGUGGUUGGCAUGAAAGUUGAUCAUGGGAAAAACUGUGCAUUAGUCCAUAAAACAAUGAUUAAUCGCGGUUUGAAGUACAAGUUUUUAUUAUUUGUCCUUGAGGGAACACUCUAUAUCAUUUACCCUCGUGAAGCCCCGAUCACAUGUAGACACGGUACGGAUCCUCAAGGAUCAACACGGCAAUGAUCCGGGGAGGUCCGGGAUAAUUUUGCCCCGGAUUAGCAUCGACGAGCGUUAAUGACUGUGUACAUACCGCAUCUACACAGACAAUGCAUGCCGGCAGAGCAGAUCGUCCACACGGAUCAUCCGUGCGUCAACACGGACCAACACUGCUACAGCUACACGGACCAACACGUACGAACCAUCCCGGUUUGCUUUGCCAACACAGCAAUACCCGGAUGACGCCGGAUCAGAUUCGGGGUAGUCCGGGGUCUUUACCCCGAAUGUACAGCUGUCCGAAUGUUCGUUAUUACACGCAAAAUGCUGCUCGUUUUGUCACAAAAUUGAAACAAAAAAUAGUUAUUAAUCAGUAUUUUUCAUUAUUUUCUGAGCUUAUACCGGAGUUUAUUAAUUCGAAAAGAAAAAAAAAGUUUUGUUAUUACGAAGGUUUGCUAAUCCGACAAUGCAAUAAGAUUUAUAUCGAUCGUCCGAAAAUAAAAUAAGGUUUGUCAUUCCUAAGGAUCGAUGGUCCAAAAACGAAUCAAGGUUUAUAAUUAUAAUUAGGCAAAUAUCGGACUGACGACCAUUCUGCGUGAAGAACCUUUUUUUCCGGAUUAACAAUUAAGCAGUCGGUAUCUCGAACCUUAUAUAAUUUUGCAUAUAAACCUUUGAAGUAAUGAAUGUUUGGAUUAAUGAACCUUUGGAAUAACCUACCCAUAGCUGGAACCCAUUUGUUGCAAACUUUAUUCAUAUCGCCUUUUCAAGAACGUUUUCAUGACUAUUUCAAAUCUUAUGACAUGGGCGUCAUAAUGCUGAACCGUUACGGGAAUAUUAGUUUCCUUUUAUUUCAAUUUCAUUAUUGUACGAUAUUUACAUUAUAUAAUUCGAUACGUUAUGAUCCGUAUAUCAUUUUCUGGUUUCAUGCAUUGGCCGCGGAUAGAUUUUCAAGAGGGGGUGACCAUGCUAAAAAAUAAAGAUAUGUUGGUAAUUUUUAUGUCUUGGUACACAUUCACAAAAAAUAGUGAAAGGGGCUUAAGCCACUCACCCCCCCCCCUCCUCCGGUUCCGCGACCCCUUCAAAUAUGGUAUAUCUGCUAGUCUAAGAAAUACUGCAAGUCUGAGAAAUGCUCUCUGUACUUGUACUGUUGAAAAUAAAAUAUAUAUUAUGGCCCAAUAUGUAUACAUUUUAUUUGUCGAAUCAAUAUGCCAAGAAAAUAAACAACAAGCAGUUGAAUCAAGAUCAAAUCAUAUUAAAUGAUAAAAAUGUGUAAUUACAUUGUAUAGGCUUAGAGUGAUGGUUAUGUGAACAUGUAUACGAUGCAAAUUUCAUAAACGGAAAAAGCGAUACUCAUCGUAGUGUACAGAAACGUCGUUCUUAUUGUUGAAUUAUAGUGUCGUUUUGUCGUCAGCAAUAAACUCGCCUUAUCGAACCCAUUAA